CUCAAUAACUUCACACUCUUCUUUCUUCUUCAUCACACUCACUUGUAAUCUCACAAAACCAAUUUCAAUUUUCAAAACACACACAAAAAUAAAACAAUGGACGAGUUCAUCGAGUUAAUACCCGGUUUACCGAGCGAACUAGGACUCGAGUGUCUUACUCGUUUAUCUAAUUCAUCUCACAGAGUUGCACUCCGAGUCUGUAACCAGUGGCGACGCUUAUUCCUAAGCGACGAGUUUUACUCUCACAGAAAAAAUACCGGUCACACCAGAAAAGUUGCUUGUUUGGUUCAAGCCCAUGAACAACAACCCCACUCUGAAUUCGAUAAACAAACCGGUUCAACUCCACCGAGUUACGAUAUCACUGUGUUUGACCCGGAGAGUAUGUCAUGGGACCGGGUUGAUCCGGUUCCUGAGUAUCCAUCCGGGUUACCGUUGUUCUGUCAAUUAACCAGCUGCGAAGGAAAGCUCGUGGUAAUGGGUGGGUGGGACCCGGCGAGUUACGAACCACUUACGGCGGUGUUCGUUUACGAUUUCCGAAUGAAUAUAUGGUGGAGAGGGAAGGAUAUGCCGGAGAAACGUUCGUUCUUUGCUACCGGGUCGGGUUACGAUCGUGUUUUUGUUGCUGGUGGACAUGAUGAGAAUAAGAACGCGUUGAAGACUGCUUGGGCUUAUGACCCGAAAAUUGAUGAAUGGACGAUGCUGGCUCCGAUGAGUCAAGACCGAGACGAGUGUGAAGGAACGGUUGUCGGCGGCGAGUUUUGGGUGGUUAGCGGUUAUGCGACGGAGAGUCAAGGGAUGUUUGAUGAUUCUGCGGAGGUGCUGGAUAUUGGGUCGGGCCAGUGGAGGAGAGUUGAAGGAGUUUGGGAAGCGGGUCGGUGUCCCAGAUCAUGUGUUGAUAUUAGGGAGAAUGGGAAAGUGGUGGAUCCGGGGCUCCGAAUCGGGGUUUGCAGUGUUAGGGUCGGGUCGAGGAAAUGGGUUACUGGAUCUGAAUAUGAAGGAGCACCGUAUGGGUUCUAUUUGGUGGAGAAUGAUGAAGGACAAAACCGUAAAUUGAAUAAGAUAAGUAGUGUUCCUGAUGGGUUUGCUGGGUUUGUUCAAUCAGGGUGCUGUGUUGAAAUCUAGUGAGUGUACACAGAUAGAUAUAUGCAGCCAAUUUUAUUGUAGAUAUUAUAUUGUAUAUAGUUUGAUUAAGGAAGAAAAAAUUAACUUCACUUAAUCUAACAGCUAAGUGAUGCGUAAGUAAAUAAUUUUUGCUACUCACACCUUCUGUAUCAUACUUCCUAUAUUUAAGGUGCAACAAUUAGCACAAAUAUUCUGCUUUGGGAAAAAAAAAUACAAAAGUCACGAUCUGUGAGUGAAAUAUGUGUUACUAUACAUAAAUUUGUUUUCAUCUUUA